UUUUUUACUUCCGCUCAGAGCUCAUUGAGCAAAGAUGGCGAGCAGUGGGGUGUCGGUGGCUUCGCUGUGGACUGAAGUGAAUCGUUGUGGACAGAAUGGGGACUACACAAGGGCUCUGAAAGCUUUGACUAAACUUUUGCACGAAAACAGAGACGAUGUGACGGCCCUCCACUGUAGAAUCGUUUGCCUUAUCCAGAAUGGAAGCUUUAAAGAGGCUCUGAAUGUCAUGAACACACAUUCAAAAACGCUCGGCAGCGAGGUUGUGUUUGAGAAGGCGUACUGCGAGUACAGACUGAACAGAGUGGAAAACGCCGUGAAGACCAUUGAAGGUGCUCCUGAGCAGACAGAUAAACUGAAGGAGCUCUACGGUCAAGUGUUGUACAGACUGGAACGAUAUGACGACUGCAAGUCCGUCUACACUGAUCUGAUCAGGAACUCCCAGGAUGAGUAUGAGGAGGAGAGGAAGACCAACCUUUCUGCUGUGGUGGCUGCGAUGAGUCAGUGGGAGAAGGCCCCACAGGAAGAUCUAGGUCUUCCCGAGUCCACAUAUGAGCUGUGUUACAACGCUGCCUGCACUCUGACUGGACAAGGACAACUUACAGAGGCCUUCAAUAAACUACGACAAGCAGAGGAGCUUUGCAGAGUUUCUUUGGCAGAAGAUUCUGAUAUGACUGAAGAGGAUGUCGAGUCUGAGUUAGCUGUGAUCCACUCUCAGAUGGCGUAUAUCAUGCAGUUACAGGGUCGGACGGACGAAGCUCUGCAGCUCUACAACCAGGUCAUCAAGCUAAAACCAUCCGAUGUGGGGCUCCUUGCUGUGACUGCCAACAAUAUCAUCACAAUAAAUAAGGACCAAAAUGUGUUUGACUCAAAGAAAAAGGUGAAACUGAUGAAUGCUGAAGGUGUCGAAUACAAGCUUUCAAAGAAGCAGCUUCAGGCCAUCGACUUCAACAAAGCUCUCCUGGCCAUGUACACUAACCAGGCUGACCAGUGCAGGAAACUGAUGUCAAGUCUUCAGUCCCAGAACCCAGGUCACCCUCGGCCAGUCCUCAUCCAGGUUGCUCAACUGUGCAGGGAAAAGCAGCACAGCAAGGCCAUAGAGCUGCUCCAGCAAUUCUCAGAUCAGCAUCCAGAGAGUGGAUCUGCCAUCAAACUGACAAUGGCACAACUCUACUUAGUACAAGGUCACGUAACAAAAGCCUGUGAUGUCCUGAGGUCCACUGAACAGUUCAAGCACAAACCAGGGAUGGUCUCAGCUCUGGUAACGAUGUACUCCCACGAAGAAGACAUUGACAGUGCCAUAGACGUUUUCAAAGAAGCUAUUGAACACUAUCAGUCUGAACAGCCUGGAUCUGCUGUACACCUGGCUCUUGUACGGGAAGCCGCCAACUACAAACUGAAGUACGGACGGAAAAAAGAAGCUACUAGCGACCUGGAGCAGCUGUGGAAGCAAAACACCAACGACAUCCACACACUGGCACAACUCAUCUCGGCGUAUUCCCUGGUGGACACAGACAAAGCCAAGUCGCUCAGCAAGCAUCUACCAUCCGCAGACACCAUGUCCUUCAACGUGGACGUGGACGAGCUGGAGAACUCUCACGGAGCCACAUAUGUCAGGAAAAAGGCUGCGAAAGUCACUGGAGAAAACCUUCCCAAAGAACCAGGCCAAGGCGAGAUCAAGAAGAAGAAGAAGAAAAAGAAAGGUAAAUUGCCCAAAAACUGCGACCCCAAAGCGACCCCUGACCCUGAGAGGUGGCUGCCCAUGAAGGAACGUUCCUACUACAGAGGCAAGAAGAAGGGAAAGAAGAAGGAGCAAAUAGGGAAAGGCACACAGGGAGCGAUGGCGGGAGCUUCGGCCGAGCUGGAUGCCAGUAAGACAGCCAGUAGCCCCCCUACCUCCCCCAGACCAGGGUCUGCGUCUGGUUCAUCUACAGCCCCUGCCAGCAACGUGGUUCCCCCACGACAGCAGAAACCCGCAGCUUCAGGGGCCACUCGCAAGAAGGCACCACAGAAGAAGAAGAAGGGAGGCAAAGGAGGCUGGUAGUCAGCAUGUGAGGCAGAGAAGCAGUCAGACACACCGACAUCUGUGGCUGAGGAAUCAACCGUUGUUUUUUUUUUGUUUCGAUGUUAAUUUAGUUUUUUUUCUCAUCAUGUGUUUUAAUAUCAAAACCAAAAUCUCCCCUUUGCUCUUCUACACGAUGAACAUGUUUUUAAAAGUACAGAAGAGACAAUAUUUACAGGGCAGCUCCACUAAAAUUAACUUUCUGUUGCUCUGCAAAAGCUGAUGUGUCCUCAGGUGUCUUUCAUUUUAAGUAGUGACCUUUAGAGGGGAAAGUAAAACCUUAACAACACAGUUGUUUAACUGUUUUUAAUUAAAGGUCCACUGACAGGAAAGAAUUCUUUUCUGUGUUAUUACUUGGUUUUCAGAGAUGAGUCUUUGAUCGUUAUUAUUGAACAAUGCAUAUUUUUAUAUCACACUCUUCUCCCCUUUUUUUGUGCAUAUGCAAGUAUACUGUAUGCAGGUAGUCAAUUUGUUAAGCCUUUUUAUUUAUUUAAAAAACACUCAUUUUAGGACUGAAAUCAUCAUGACACAGUUAAAGGUCAGUUAAGCAGCUGCUUUUGCAAUGUUAACUUGAAGUUCACUUUUGGAAGAAUUGUCCUUAAUAUGUCUUGUGUAUCAGGGUGUCGUACUCUGGUCCAUGGUGUUUCCUUAAAUGGUCCCAUUUACUUUCAGUAAACCGUCCAUCAACCA